GUUAUUUGAAAAUAACGUAACUACGACCAUCGCAUGGUUUUAACUAAUCGUCAGUUCACGUUUUGAGUCCUUAGGUAAACGAUCUUUUCGAAACGCGCGAAUCGUGUGCGUUCGUCUUCGUAGUGAUCGACUGAAAGGAAUCAGUGAUCUUUUUUAUUAUUUUUUUUAUUGGUUAAACCUUGAGAUAGGUGCAUAGUAAAAUACAUACAGUUGUGCGGAAUUUUUUUCAAUGAUUUUUCUCGUGGAAUUUUGUGCAUGAAAAUUUGGAAUCGUGAUUGGCACUUUUGCUGGGAUCUUCGAGUGCGACGUGUUGACAGUGUUUAGAAAUGAUACAGAGAGUGAUGAAAUCGCAAUCGACGAGUCAAAUGUUUCAUUUCCUAGACACGAUCCAAAGAACAGCGGAUAAGACGAAAGUGCAAUAAAAACACAUUCCAGUACCAAGAGAGAGCUAAGUAUCUCUUUUAGAAAAUAUGUACACAACCGAAGAAAUAUUCCUGAAUUUUACCAGUAACCAGUCAUCGUUGGAAUACUCGAUUAAUCAAAAUGAUACCAAAACGGCCGAAUACAGCAAUCGAUUUUCAUUGCCGUUAUGGGAGACGUUAUUGUGGAAUUCAUUAUUCCUUCCUAUGGUGGUUGUGGCAACCGGUGGUAACUUAAUCGUGAUAUGGAUAGUAUGGAGUCACAAAAGAAUGCGAACAGUGACCAAUAUUUUUUUAGUAAAUUUAGCCAUCGCCGAUACGAUGGUGUCUACGUUAAAUGUUACUUUUAAUUUCGCGUAUAUGUUGACCGGUGAUUGGGCUUUCGGAAAAGUUUAUUGUAAAAUUAGUCAGUUCGUUGCGGUACUUUCGAUAUGUGCCAGCGUUUUUACUCUGACUGCUGUAGCUACCGAUAGGUAUAUCGCAAUUAUGUAUCCAUUAAGACCGAGAAUGCGUCUGAGAAAAGCAUUAACCAUAGUGACGUUUAUAUGGAUUUUUGGAAUGAUAGCGGCUGCUCCGAAUUUAGUUACUUUUACCAUCCUUACGCAGCAUUUCGCAAAUGGUGAUAUUCGUAUAGUCUGUUAUAGUGAAUGGCCAGAUGGUCCGACUAAUCAAAGUGAAAUGGAAUAUAUAUAUAAUGUUGCAUUUAUGGCGAUAACUUAUUUUGUACCAGUAUUACUCAUGUCGUAUACGUAUACAAGAAUAGCAAUUCGAUUAUGGGGUAGUGAGAGUAUUGGUGAAGUUACUCAACGACAAAAUGAAAAUAUCAAAUCAAAACGAAGGGUUGUGAAAAUGUUGAUAGUAGUGGUGCUAAUAUUUGUAAUUUGUUGGCUUCCGUUUCACGUUUAUUUUAUAGUGACAUCGAAAUGGCCUGAAAUCACCGACAAACCAUACAUUCAGAAUCUGUAUUUAGGAAUUUAUUGGCUAGCCAUGUCAAACUCUAUGUACAAUCCAAUAAUUUAUUGUUGGCUAAAUACCAGAUUUCGGCAAGGUUUCAAAGAAUUCUUUUCGUGUUGUCCGUGUAUAAACGUUAAUCCGAUGGGUUUCACUAGACGAGAAGCAGUCACUAGUCGUUACAAUAGUUGCUCCGGUUCACCAGAAGGACACUACAGAAUAAUUCGAAACGGAACCGUUUGCAUUCCUUUAGAAUCUUCGGAAUUAACGUCUAGAAACGACUCUCAUAAGUUUCACGGAAGGAAAAUGAAUCAGCAGACCUACCGGAGAUGGUACUCUCAAGAUCAACAAAACGAUUCUAAAUCUUGACGAGCAACCGAUAGGGUUAAUUAUACCCAAACUUGGAUAUAAUUAAAUAUUAUCAUUCCAUUUACCAUAUUUUAAUGCUUUUUCGGCUACCUACUUAUUGCGCAAACGCGUUAUGAUUUUAUUUCAUUCUUUAAGCCUAUAAAAUGCCUUUUGUUUUCUCGACAUCUGCAUAAUAGGCUAUUUAUUUACUAGGUGUACUACGUUCAUAAGAAAUUUUUUCUCGAAAAAAUGCAAUUCGUAUGAGAAAAAAAAUGGUAACUAUGGUUUUUCAAUAAUAAUAUUUAUACUUAGUGUUUGCGAUAAUCUUUACCUACUACGUACUCGAGGUGAAUCAUUUUUACUUGAAAGUACCAUCUCGAAACAUUUUAACACAAAAUGGCAAAUACAAGUUAGAAGAUAUGUACUCGAUGUCAAAAAUACGAAAAUAAAGAAACGUUACGAGGAGAAUAACCUGAUGUUACUAAAAAAAAAAAAAUGAUCAUAAGAAGCUCAAUGAUGUUAGGUAUACUUCCAUUAUAAUUAACAUAUACCUACUCUAGAUGUUUAUUUUCAUUUUGAUGUUCCUAUAAGCUUUUCAUCUUUGCUAUACGUAUUUUAUGUUUCGUUGAGAUUGCUCUCUUUUUAUUAAUAAAAUUAUCAACGCACGAAACCAAUUAAGUAUUACCCUCGGAGACGUUGGAAAAUCGAAACUUUCCAGGAGGGCGAACGUUAGAUGCGAUAAGAUGGUAGGAUUUUCGUUUUAAUUUUAAAUACCUGUGUAAUCGAAUUUACACCAAUAUGCUGAUUUACCUUCGGUGGUUAUCAAACCUCUUACCUGGAAUUGAAAAAUAUUUCAUUGUGGAAAGUGUGAACUGAUUUUUUUUCCUCGAUUUAAAUUUAGCGAAUUUCUUUGUACCUACGUAACUCUGUUUAUUAUGUUUAUUUUGAUGUUUCGGGUAGAAUUCUGCCGGGAAAAGUAGGUUUAUAUACGUUGCUACCCAGUAUUUUGAUCUGUUUUUUAUUUGUGAUGCUUUAUGAGGAAUUGGACUUGGUUGUAAAAAAAAAAAAAUGACUUCUUCUAACCUUCCCGAAUCAUUCUUUCAAAACUGUGAGAUUUUUAAAAAUGAAAUCAUAAUCAAUAUUAACUAAUUAAACCGUACUGGUUUUCAAUUAUCAUCUUCCGUGUUUUGUGACUCCGCUAUUAUCUAUUUUACUCUUUUGUAUAGAAAAAUAAUCAAAACCUUGUCUUGAUAAUUCAACUAUAGGUAGAUAUUGAUAAAAAAAAUACCAACUUUUUAAUGAAGCGUCAUUUUUGUGAAAAAUGUUCGGCGCGAGAUAUUUAUCUUGUUGAAAGAAUGAAUCUCUUAUUCCUUUUCCUUAUAUGUAUUUUAAAUUGAUUUUAUAAAAUGUUCCUACGUUUAUUGCAAAAAAUAUAUAAGUUAUAUGAGUAUGAUAAAGAUGCACUGUAUAAAAUUCUACAUAUUUUUAUGUUAUUUCCUAUAGUGAAAAAGCAUUUAUGUACGUUUUUUUAAAAAAAAAAGAAAAAAAGAAAAGAAAAUAUGUAUUUCUGUACAUAGAUCUGAUGAUGAAAUUUACCAUCUUUAACAUAUCUCAUAAUUAGACUGUUUUAGUGUGACUUCGUUUGAGUAUGAUUAAUUGAAUGAUCAUCGAUGGAUUGGUUGAGUUAUUGAAAAUUUAGUUAGAGGAAAUUGCUCUCAAUUGUUUUUCCAGAGUCGUUUCUUAGUUCCUUUUAUUGCGAUGUAAGGUGUAAUUUAGCAUUCUAUUGAGAAUCAUUCCAUGUUAAAUAAAACUGGUGGAUACCUAUCAUACGUAUUCAAGUAGGAGUAAUUUUGGUUGCACCAGUUUAUGCAGACUGAAAAAUCAAAACUUUAUGAGCACUUUGGAUCACAAUUUUUUUUUUUUUAAUAAUGGAUCUUCGAGUGAUAUUAUUAAAAAUAAUGCUUCAAUUUAAAAAAAAAAUUAAUGCAAUUCAAUCAAGUGUCAUUGAAGUAAUUCUUAUCUACCAAUUAUAUCUACCAAUCUAUCUAAUAUCAUUGAAAACAAUUCGAAGCAGUGCUUAAAUUCAGAUUCAGAAAUGAAAUGACUGAAAUGAGUCAAAAGUUGAUUUUUAGCUUAGGAAAAUUUAAUUGAAGUGAAUUUCCAACGAUGUUAAUAACGAAAAUGGCAAGAACCGAACCAGUUUCUGAACGUAUAUCAUUUAGUUAAAGCCUCCGAUGUGAUCAUUAAAACAGUCUAUCGCGGUGAUUUAAUUUUUUUCUCUUUUUGUUUAUUACUUAUAUUUAUGUAAAUAAUGUGUAUGUGUAUGUAUUUUUCUUUUGUUACCUUUGAUUUUUUUCUGUCAUUUCUUUCUGUAAUAAGAUUCGGUGUAAAAAUAUAUAUGUUUUGAGACUGUUUGAUAUUCCA